AAUCCUACAGGUCUGUCUCGAAACCGGAUGGUACGAAUGCGAAACGAAUUUCGCGAUUCGAAAUACUUUUUAUCACAAAUUCGACCGUGGAUCUUAUCCGCUUCUCGGCCUUGUCAUGAUUCAGGGCUUAUAAUCAAUUGUGAAACGAGAACACGGCUGGAUUCGAGGCAAGUGCAUUCGACUUUCCAAGUCCGUUUGUGACAAGCCUAUGCACCUGGCAACUUUGGAAACCGUAUUCAUUACUCAUUAUCUACGAUGACGGAUCAGCGAGUCAAGUUACAAAAAAUAAAGGAUUUAACCAAUAUUUUAAAGGACACUGACAGAAACCUGACCAUAUGUGAGGAGAUUCUUUCAGCUUUUAUGGAAAAAAGAUUGCAGCAAAAAACUGAAGCAAUACAACGGCGGACAGACCUGGAAGCGAAAAUGACGGAGAUUUUGGACAACUUGAAAACCCGACUAUUGAUGGUCGAUAACUAGAUAAAAAUUUCUAAAUUCAAGAAAGAAUGUCUGAAUCCGAUGUUACUGAGAACAGUGAUUUUCUGUGCGAAUUGCAUGGAGAAUAAACUUGAUUGUUAAAGAUAUCGGAUCCGUUAUUAAAGUAAAACGAGCCGGGGUGAUCGACACGGCGAAAAUGUACGCCACACAAACUAGGGCUCACCUAUUAUUUCGAUGUAAGAGAUACAAUUGCACGUGUGCCAGAUGAAUUUUUGUGUGAGUUUUUAUUCAAGUUUCAAGAAAUAAAACCGUCAGCAAUGUUUCCUGAACACCAACUCCUUUAAUUAUUCUUAAAAUUAUAGAUCCGCUUGAGAAAUGCGCGUAUUAUGCAUGCUUAGGUAAUCGCGAUAGACUUCAAGGCUAUGCAAGAAUGGUUUGAGAAUUUUAAUCUUGCAAUAAAUGUUUAUAGGGUCUGGUUCUCGUGAGGGUCCUCCGUGUUUUAUACGUACUAUAUAAUGAAAAAAUUGGGCGAAAACUUUUCGAGAGAAUUAUAUUUCUGUCGUGAAAUCGACUUCGUGAUCAGCUUUUCGCGAACAGGUAUAAUAACAUCAAUAAUGGUACCAGCACACAACGAAUGCUUUUACAACUGUGCAAACGUGAUCGACGAGUUAGACUAUGCACGUCAUGAAUUUAGCGCCACCUCUUUGGGUCUGAUGUUUCGCUGAUAUGAAAAGUCAAAAAUGGGCUUAGAAAAGCCAUAUCUAUUCAACGAUGGAUGAUAUGAGGUUAGUAGCUAGGUGAGUUAUCGUCGAUCGAAUGCAGCACGGGUGUAUCCAUAAGUACAAAUGUACAGUGCUGAACAUCGUUAACGUCCUGUGUCAGAUGUUCUCCUGAUACCGAAAUUGAACAGCGGACUGAAAUUUUUAAGUUAUCUUAUUUCAAACGCAACGCGAUCUCUCGUGAGAUCAAUCGCACUUAUCAUUAGUUAGUGUAUAAUAACGGACGUGGUGAUAAUAGGUGACGUAUGUUCAUUGACAGAUCAUUGAUGUUGAUUACGCAUCGUCAUAUUUAAGAUUCGAAAGGACGUGAUAUGGCAUAACUAAUUAAAAAGGCCUUCCGAGUCCUGGUACAUCAACGCGAUAUGGUUGGCUGUGGAACUAUGGAUACUUUCAACGCGUCUCUUUAUGGAGCAGAUGUACGAUCAUCAUUUUGAGUAGAGGGAAAUUGAAUCCAUUUU